UUUAAUACAGAAGGCAACUUGGACGGAAGAGACGCAAAAGCAGUCGAAGCCUCAUCCUCUUCUGUCGUCUCCUCGAUCUCAUCCACUCUCAGCUUCCACUCUCGCCUCGAUCGAACUCUCUCUCCAUGAUACUCGCCAAAGCCAUCACGAUGGAAGCUGGAGGCGGAAGGGAGCCGCCUUGUGUCGUCUAUUGCCCGGACCGGUCCUCAUCGAUGGCCGUUGACGGUAACGACCUGCCUUCGUCGGAUGACCUUGGGAAGAAGACCCGAAAGGCCUACACGAUUACGAAGUCGAGGGAGAGUUGGACCGAGCAGGAUCACGACAAGUUCCUUGAGGCCCUACAGCUUUUUGACCGAGAUUGGAAAAAGAUAGAGGCAUUUGUGGGGUCAAAGACAGUGAUCCAGAUAAGGAGCCAUGCACAAAAAUACUUUCUAAAAGUUCAGAAGAAUGGUACAAAUGAGCAUGUGCCACCACCUCGACCUAAGAGAAAGGCGGUUCAUCCAUAUCCUCAGAAAGCUGCUAAAAAUGGCGUUUCUUCUACAAGAGAAAGUACAUCCAUGCCUGGGAACCACACUACCAUGACAGUUUCUUCUUUGAUUCAAAGAUCAGAGCAGCCUGUCAGUACCUGCCAUCUUAAGAAAGAUGCUGUAGUAAAUGCAGGAGUUUUGACAGCAAACAAUUCCAGCUGUACUAGCACUGAGAGCCCUGGAACAUGGUCUGCUUGUGAAGCAAUUGAUCAGGAAAAUUUGGUCACAUCUCUUCCCAUCAUGCCAGACUUCGCCCAGGUGUAUGGCUUUCUUGGCAGUUUGUUUGAUCCUAGCGCAAGUGGACAUUUGCAAAAGUUGAAAGCAAUGGAUCCAAUUGAUGUUGAAACUGUACUAAUACUGAUGAGGAACUUGGCUUUGAAUUUGACUUGUCCAGAGUCUGAGGAUCAUGAAAGAAUUCCGUGGGGUACCUGUUCUCCCUUUCUUCUUAUAUAUCAUGGAAAACUGCUGGUGGUGUGAUCAUAGAGAAAGACGAUAUGUCACCAGAAAUGUAUGGAGAGGCUUCGAGGCUAAAAUUCAUAAAGAAGAUCUAAUUGUGUGCAGAAAGUAGUAGACAUUUCUAUAUGAACCAAUAAGAGAAUGCUACUUUCAACUUAUGGCAAUGAUAUGGAAGAAGUUAAUGCACAUAAUAUCAGCAACUUGUUUCAUUCAAGAGAUGCUGCAAUUAUCCCUCUUGUGGUUCAAGGAGAAUAACUACAAGAAUAUUCUUACAGCUGAUGGUGCAUGCAUUUCUCUCUGUAGCCCAUGCAGCAUCUCUUAACAUCGCACAUUUGUUUAGUUGUAUUAGGGAGAGUACUGAGAACUCGAGCACGUUGUAUCUCUUAGUAAUAAAGAUGGUAUAUUUGUACAGCAGAGUGUCCAUGCGAGUGGGUUUUGAUUGUAUAUAAUAGUUUAGAGCUUCUACGCUGGUUUAUGAAAAGCUUCCAUUCCUUGAGGUUACAAGGUCAUUUUGCG